AUGACCUCGGAUUAUUCGGACAUGAUGCAACAGCUGUUUUAUGAAAACUAUGAACACAACAAGAAAGGCUACAUACAGGAUUUACACAAUAGUAAAAUCCAUUAUGCCAUUACACUCCAUCCUAACAAGAGGCCAGCUUUUCAGUACAGACUUCACAGUUAUAUGCUGAGUCGAAAGAUAUCAAACCUGAGAUAUCGCACUAUUGAGCUUCAUAGAGAAAGUGUCAAAAUGAGCAAACUUAGUAACACUGAAAUCCAAAAGAAAGACCAACAGCUUGGAAUGAUGCCAUCAUUUACACGCUUCCAGCCCCAUGAAAGAAAUGAAGUGCUUGAAUGGGAAUUUUUAACAGGAAAACAUGUCUACUCCAUGUCUGAAAAUCAAAUGCCCCGUCAAGGAAUAAACACCGCUCUUCGCUCAGCUCUAGAUGACAUUUUAAUGCAGAUAAUGGACAUCAUUAAUGAAAGUUCUAAGUCAAGAGGGCGUGUCAUUGAGUUCAAAGAGAUUCAGUACGGGUAUAGAAGAGUCGAUCCUUUGCAUGGAGCAGAGUAUGUCUUAGAUCUGAUGCUUCUGUAUAAGAAACACAAGGGCAGAAAAGUUACUGUACCAGUGAGGCGGCAUGCAUAUCUUCAGCAGACAUUCAGCAAACCAUUUUUUAGAGAGGUCGAGGAGCUCGAAUUUGAUGAGUUCUUGGAAAAUUCUGAUGCUGAAUCACAGUCUUUUUCAUUCCUUUCUAAUUCCUUAAAAAUGUUUUCACCAUUUCAGUUUACUAAGUCUGCCAAAAGUGUUGAGGGCCAUGGUGAUAAGAAAAUUCACUUUAUAGUUCCACUCACAGGGAGAUAUGAUAUUUUUGUGAGGUUCAUGGAAAACUUUGAGAGAACAUGCCUUAUUCCAAAGCAAAAUGUAAAACUAGCCAUAAUAUUGUUUUAUUCAGACUCCAAUCAAGAUAAAGACAAGCACAUGGAAUUGUUAAAUAAUUAUCGCGCUAAAUAUCCCAGUGCAGAUAUAACAAUCAUACCUAUGGCAGGAGAGUUCUCCAGAGGUUUAGCUUUACAAGUUGGAUCAUCGCACUUUGAGAAUGACACUUUGUUACUCUUUUGUGACAUUGAUCUAGUUUUUACACCAGAUUUUCUGCAACGCUGCAGAGACAAUACAGUUCAAGGACAGCAAGUGUAUUAUCCAAUCAUCUUCAGUCAGUAUAAUCCAGAAAUUGUCUUUAGAGCAAACACAGCAUCUGACAAUAGCUUUGUCUUUACAAAGAAAAGUGGUUUCUGGAGGGACUAUGGGUUUGGAAUCACUUGCAUAUACAAAAGUGAUCUUAUGAAAGUUGGUGGGUUUGAUACCUCGAUUCAGGGGUGGGGACUUGAGGAUGUAGACCUCUUUAAUAAAGUCAUCUCUUCUGGGAUAAAUGUAUUUAGAAGUCAAGAAGUAGGAGUUGUUCACAUUUAUCACCCUGUUUACUGUGACCCAAAUUUAGAUCCUAAGCAGUACAGGAUGUGCUUGGGAUCAAAAGCAAGUACUUUUGCAUCUACCAUGCAGCUUGCUGAGAUGUGGUUUGAAAAACAUUUCAGUGUUGGGUUUAACCACACAAUGUCCUGACAUGCAUAGUCGUCCUACUCACAUGAGGUGUUCUGUCUUAUUUAAGUUUCUUCCUCUUGUGUUCAUAACCUGUUUUGCUCUGUCUUCCAAUGAGCAGUGACACUUUAUUUUUUUUCCUGCAUUGUCAGUGUUUCAGCAUUUGGCUGAUUUUUUAACCUAUUUUUUUAAAUGAAAAUGGAAUAAACUGUAGCAAUGAAAAAAGUAUUUUGGAAGCACAUCUGCAAAUGAAGGUCACCAGAUAAAUGCAUGCAGGUGCAACAUUACUCUCUUUAGGCUUUAAACUAUGGUACGAAGUAUAUCAAUUGUUGUCUUUGCUGGGCUAAUACUGUAAGAAAUGAAACGCAGUACUAGAGAAGGUACCACAAAAGUGCUUUAAGCUUCCUCAAGGAAGAAAAACUGUAAUAAAAGAAAACAUGAGUUUUAUAAUUUAUACAAAGACUUUAAAAUGUAUAAGAUACUUUUCUUUAUCUCAGUAUUUUUAAAAUAUGUGAAUAACUCUAUGACUGUAUCUUUAUUUUUUAAAAAGAUGCUUAUGGGUAAAAUAUUCCCUGAAACAAAUGGUACUGGAUACCAAGGUUGUGAGAUAUCUUAUUAUUAUUAAUAUCAAUAUUAUUAUUAGUACUAUGUUCCUUGUAGUAUGUAUCCAAACAGUGAGCAAACUGCUUUCUUAAAGAAACAAAAUGCAUUCAAAUAUGAAUUUAUAUCCAUGUAGCUUUGUGACAAUAAUGACCUUAACUUUUGCUGGCAGCAUAAAAAAAUAUGAGAGAAAUGGUUAUUUAUAAUAAACUAUUGGAAAAUGGAAUCCAUUUA